CAAUCCGCGACACAGAUCAUCAUCGGACCGAGUCCGAUUCACUGGUUCUCGUCACGGUGAUCGUUGAACUUUACCGGUUCCCCCUUCAUCCCCCUACUAGAAAUUAAAAAAAAAAAAAAAAAAUAUUCCCCCGAGUGUUUUUUAAUUCCUCUAUCUAAUUUCUUUCCAAAAAAAAAAACUUUUCUUCCAGUGUUUGUGAUAACAAUGGUGUUUUACAAAAUAUAACUUAAAAAAUUCAAACACCUUGCCAUAUUGGUACAAUUUAUUAUUUCAAAUUUUCGCCUGAAUCGUAACCUUUGAAAAAAAAUUAUUGAACUUUAAAAAAAAAAUUGCCAAAUUUUUCUCAUAUACGAAAUUGUGAUUUUUUUUAGGGGCAGUGUUUGUAAUCUUUUUUUUCGAACUUGAUAAAAAUACUGAUUGUGAAUAAGAAUUUUUUUUUUUGAAAAAAGGUCCGCGAAAGUGCGGAGAAAACCGGUAAAGUGUUGUUCAGUCACGAGUCCAGGAUUCUCACCCCCGGAGGUGGUAACGUCUCGCCCGGGGGCGCAGGGCCUCCAGCGAGUCCAACUUCAGGACAUUAUCUCCCAUCAAAUCAUAGUCCACCUUUGGUCAAGAUUGGAUCUGUUCACGCACAUCAGGCAUUGAAUCAUUUACAUCAACAACAGCAACUACAGCCACAGCAACAGCCGUCACCUCAGCCGCAGGUGCCGGGUUCGGGGGGAGGAUCAGUUACAGCAGCAGGAGCCGGUGGUGGUGGUGGUGGUAGCAGUGGUGGUGGGUCGGGGGGUGGUGUUGGAGUGAUGGCCAGAAGCGGUGGCAUAUACUGCUAUCACUGCCCCCCCGGUAUCCCGACCCCCCGACUUCCACCAUCUCUCGAUUACCCCUUCGCCCCAACUCAUCCCUACACAAGCUACUCGGCUUAUCAUCCAGCACUUCAUGGUGUGAGCGAAGAUUCCUUCGUGAGGAGAAAACAGAGGCGAAACAGAACAACAUUUUCACUUCAACAACUCGAGGAUCUUGAAAAUGCCUUUGCUAAGACUCAUUAUCCAGAUGUUUUUACCCGUGAGGAUUUGGCCAUGAAGAUUAAUUUAACUGAAGCUAGAGUUCAGGUUUGGUUUCAAAAUCGUCGUGCCAAAUGGCGUAAAAGUGAACGUUUAAGAGAGGAACAAAAUAAACGUGAUAAUGAUGGCAAUAUUGCGCCAAAUUCACCAAAUAAUUUAGUGACAAUUAAUGAUGUUAUGGAUAAUAGAAGUCCAAUUGAUGAUGACGAUUGUCCAAGUCGUAAACAAAGUCCAAGCAGUCCAAGUACAACAUCGGCGUCAGUUAGUCCAAAGCAUCAACCGCAAAUUCAGCCGCCCCUGAUUCCGGGCGACGCGACGCCACCGCCAAACCCCACUCGUGACUUACCGCCGUCGAGAGCAGUAGUUGAUAUCCCGCAGGGACCACCCGGUGAGAAGAGCACUUCGAGCUUCAGUUCGCCUUCAGCUGGAUUUAGGCCAGUUGAUCCACCAACGUCAUUAUUCUUCUCGCCUCAUCUUGCACAAUUUUCACCGCCAUUAUUUAGUAACAAGAUUAUUAGCACUACACCCACGUCAUUAACAUCAUCAGCGACACCAUCAUUGUGGACAACAAGUGAUCAUCGACCAAGUACCAUUCAAGAAAUGCUCUCAUGGUCACCAACAGGAUGGCCUGGAUCACUUUGUGGAUGUUGUAAACCAGGUUCAGGUGAUCUUCAUCGAACAACAAGUUUAGCUGAAUUAAGAAGAAAAGCCCAAGAACAUACAACGGCAACAGCACUAUUGGGUGGUCUCGCUGCAUUUCCCGGUGGUCUUCCAUUGCCUUUGCCUCUGCCUCUAUUACCACCUUUAUUGGGCCUUGCCAGGCGGCAUGAACAUCAUUUACCAAAUGUUGUUCAUCAAAUACAAUCAUCAACAAAAGAAGAUCCCUAAAAUUCAUUGCCUUGGCAUAUUGAGAAUUCUUUUUAGAUUUUUGUUUUUUUUUUUCAAUUUUCUUUAUAAGUAAUCAACGCUAUUUCGAUCACGUUUGAACUUACUAGUUCGGGAAAGGCACAAGUAUAUUUAUAGCAAACUGAACUCUAUCAAAACUCCACGGAGGACCAGCUUGUGCCUGCUUGUACCGUGACAAUAGCGAUUUCAUCCCUCCAAAGGAUGUUGUCAUAUAGAUAUAUAUAUAUAUAGACUUUAGUAUGUCUCAAUUUUCAAGAAGAAUGUGAUUAACGCGUACGGCGUCUUUUUAGAAGUUUCUUAUAUAUAUAAUAUACAUAUAGGGAUCAGAGCAUAAAAUCAAUUUUCCGCUCUUUCUGGGUCAGAACAACCAAAAAAAAAAUUGUAAAAGUCAAAUUGUAGCAAUUGUAGAAACCUGUAUAUUGAUUUUUUGAUUGACAAACGUUGAUAAUAAUUCAAGAAUAAACUUAACGAAAGGUAUAUUACGUAUAUGACUAGAUAUAUAUGUAGAAAAUAAUAAAGGUAGUUCUAAUAAACUUGUUCUUGUGAUGAAAGAAA